GGGGAAUCCCCUUCCAACUGGAAAUUUUGUUGUGUCAGUUCCAUCUUCCUUGUGAUAUGGGCAGGUAUCAGAAGAAAAUCACGAAUUUCUUAAUUAUUACUUGAUGUGUUGGGUUUUCCCAGUGUAGAAUGAACUAUAUUUAGGGAAUGUCAUAAAGUUUUUAAAGAUAGCCAACGAACGUCUGCGACAACAAAAAAGAAACAUACUAAAAGAAGAUAACAACAAAAUAAAACGAAAAGAACAUCAGGAUGGAAAAUAAGAAAAGGGUGCCCAGUCCUCAACCAUCACUCUCCAGUGUUAAUCCAGAGAAAAUGAAAAUAGUAUGGAACAAGGUCCAAAAUGAUGUUGUUGUUCCACAGAAUCCACCUAAAAUUCCAUUUUUCAACCUGAUGUCUUGGUUUACAAUAAUGCUGCCACCACUAGAAAUGUAUCCAGCUGACUUUGCAGGCUUCUUGAAGAAUUUUUUGCUAGAUAAGGGGAUGCAAGACGCAUUGGAAAAGGCUAAGAUUCUGAACUGGUGUCGUACUUGCAAGCCAUUGUAUGCUGUUUCUACAACAGGUGAUGGGAACUGCCUGCUUCAUGCAGUGUCUCUUGGUAUGUGGGGAGUUCAGGAUGAGACAUUGUUCUUGAGACGGUUAAUAUACGUCACUUUAGUAGAUGAUGAAGGUACAGGGAAGUUCAAGCAAAGAUGGAUGAGGGAAAGAGCUGCACAGAACGAGGACAUACCAGGAAAUUUCAGAUAUAACACUGGGGAGUGGGAGAGAGAAUGGGACACAGUUGUACGUAUUGCAAAAGAUGUAAAAAAACCAAACAGGUGUGCUGAUGAACUGCCUUAUGAAUCACUAGAAGAAGCCCAUAUCUUUGUUCUUGCAAAUAUUCUCCGGCGGCCAAUUAUUAUUUUAUGUGACUCUGUUAUCAGAAAUAUCCAAGAGGUUACUGUAGGCCCCAACUAUUUUGGGGGAAUAUAUUUACCUCUGUUAUGGAAGCCUCAAGAUUGUGAAAAAUCUCCCAUAGUGCUUGCUUUUGAUGGUUAUCAUUUUACACCUCUAGCCAGUGCUGAAAAUGCCCCUCAUGAAGAUGCAAAAGCUUUAAGUUCAUUGCAUGCUGUUCCAUUAGUUACUCAUGAGUAUGAACCCCUGACUGUACACUUUUUGCUCCAAGAAGAAGAAAGAAAGGUGUAUGAGAUAAUGCAAGACUACAUGAAAGUCAUAGAGGUGCCAUAUACCACAGCUACUGGAACAAACAUUGUUCUGUCUGCAAAGCUGCAACCAAAGCAAUUGGACGAUGAUGCUAAUCUCAUCCCUGACUUUAUCAGAGCUUGUGAAAGUAAGUUUCAAAAAUCUAAAGAAGAAGCAUUGUUUGAACAGAGAAAAAGUGUCACCAAACAGCCACAUCAACCAAACCAACCGGCUAGGUUCACAAGCCCUGGCUAUGACUUCAAAACAGAAGACACUGUAUUGAUGAGACCUUAUUAUGAUGACAUCAGACCAUCAGCCCCCAUUUUUGAGGCAAGAGAGGAGGAGCCAGAAGAUCUUUACUCUGCCAGCCCAGAGGUGGUCCCAAUCAGUAGUAUGGAGCCACCAAAAUCCUAUAUUCCUUCUGUGACAGGAGACCAUUGCCAGACACCAGGCUGUGCAUACAUGGCAUCAGUGAAGACUCAUCCAUAUUGCAGAGAGUGUGCAGAAAAGAUACAGAAGCAGAGGAAGGGUUCAGAUAGUACAGGAGAGCAGUCAAGAACUGCUUCUAAAGAUGGGAAGAAAUGUAUCCAACCAGGAUGCCAACUUUAUGGCUGUCUUGAACAGAGGCAGAUGUGCUCCAAGCAUUUCGAAGAAGAUGAGACCCACUUGAGACAUCUACAUGAAUCUGUAACGAAGAAGAGUGCUUCAUCCACUAUGUAUUCUGGAGGUGCUUAUGAAGACCCACAUCAUGAAUAUACUGGACAAGCUACUGGAACACCCUCUCCAGCCACGACCUCACUUUGUAAAACACCUGGGUGCAGGAACCCUGGAGAUACCAUUCACUAUGAUGGUCUUUGCACAGGAUGUUUUGUAAAAUAUGUUGGUACACCAAAACAAAGUGCCACCAAGGGUAGCAGCAUUGCAGAAAACCCAUUACCAGUCACCACUGGAUUAUGCAAGACACCGGGAUGUCUAUUUACUGGAAGCAGCCAGUACAAUGGUUAUUGCUCCCAGUGUUUCAAAGAUGCUGUUCCACAGAAGUCUCCCUUUAAGGGAACAGGUAAAAUGCAAGCACCAGCCAAUGUGAAAAGUUACUCGGGUAUGUGCCUUACUCCAGGUUGUCAGUUUAAUGGGAGCUAUCAUUUUGAGGGCCUGUGCUCUCAAUGUCACAAGAAGAAGGUUGAGGCACAAAACAAGCAAGUUUCUUAUCCAGUUGUAGAAAAAUCGGGCUCUGCCAACAAAGGUUUCGAUGAUCAGUCUGUUAAACAGCAGUAUCCACAGUCCAUGCUUAAUGAGGUUCAGCAGUGUAGAACCAUUGGGUGUGAGUAUGGAGGCAAUCCCCAGACGAAAGGCUAUUGCUCCCAGUGUUAUGUAAACCAUGGGGCCAGGGAAUAUGUUGCAUCGCAGGCAGAAGGUAAUGAAGAUGAUGAUGAUGAAGAAGACUUGACUUCCAUGCAGAUCCUUGCCAAGUUGCCAGCGUCAAAUCCUGAGGAAAGGUCCAAAGCCCGCAGGUAUUACAAAUGUGUCACAUCAGAUUGUAAUAAAAUUGGCCAUGAAUCAACUAGUGGGUUAUGCACAGAAUGCUAUGUCAGAUUCUACCGUUUGACUCAUGGAUCUAAGAAAACACAACAACAACCCCCUCAACACAAACCUGAUUCCCUUAAAGGACAAGACUCCACUCAGAGAGAUGUGUGUGCCACCCAAGGCUGUUGUGGAGUACGCCUUCGUGAAACCAUCUACUGCUUCAGUUGCUCUAAAGAUAAAAAGCACGGGAAACAGCCAUUUAUUGAAGCCUCAGCCCAGGAUCAGCGCCCACGAAUUUCACAAAUGAAGUUCUCCAAAGAACCUGCAGUCCACAGUUCCCCUCUGUCAGACUAUGAGCAGCCACAGUUCACCUCACUGACAUCUAAAGUGAUACCCAAUGGACAUGAGAUGUCCCAACAGAAGUGCACCACUGAGAAAUGCAGCAACUUUGGUUAUGAUAACACCAAUGGACUGUGCCAGGACUGCUUCAAUAGAAUUUGCAUGGCAGAGGCUUAUCGUCUACAAUCGGGAGAAAUCCAUAUUCCAGAAGAAAGCAGAGCUCCAGAUUAUGAAGCUCUACAUUUGAAGUGUAUUACUCCAGGCUGUAACUUCUUUGGUACUCCUAAUCAAAAUGGAUAUUGCCACAAAUGCCUAAUGGAGAAGAUUGCUAGAGAUGAAGUUGAAAUACCCACUGUACCAGCUACUAGACCACCUGUUCCGAGUGCAGCUAAACAUUGCAACGUUCAAUAUUGUGACCGAUUUGGUGAUCCAGCAGAAGAGGGUUAUUGUCAUGAGCACUACAUGCUCACUCGUCGCUCGUUUGAUGUGUUUCCAUCUUCAUUAUAUCCUGAAGAGAGAGCCAAUUCGUUACCCUCCUAUAACACAUAUGAGGUGGAGUAUCUGCGCCAGCCAAAAGUGAUGCCAAGAAGAUCGACAUCUCAGAUCUGCAGAGAAAACUCCAUAUCAAGGCAACCUGUGGGUCAGAUGACCUUUGAAGAUGAUAUGCUGCGCCAUGCCACUGCCAUUCGCUCAUCGACAGGGGAAUGCAAAGGUGCAGGGUGCAGUAACUAUGGGAAUUCUAGGAAUAGGGGGUAUUGUAAUAGUUGUUUUCCUGUUUAUAAUCGUUAUUGAGAAGUUGGAUAGGGGCCGUAGCAAUAGGUUCAUUGGUCUGAAUGUUCACUAUAGAACCUUCGGACUAACGAUACCUUGAUUAAAAAACUGAUGUAAAUGCUACGAUUUUUCGGACCAAUGAACCUUCAGACUAUCAAGAAGCCCCCAUCUGGUAAACAUGGAAACAUUUAGCUUUCACAUUUUAUGCAGCAAACGUUCAAUCAACAGAAAAAAUCGAAAGAGGUGAAAAAAUCGAAAGAGGAGAAUAUAUGAAUAUGCAUGUUAGGCAUAUCAAAUUAUUGCCACCUUAUUUAAAUUUCUGGUUGCAAACCUGACUUGCGUAUUUAUCUCUCUAGUUCGUAAAUUUGAAGAAGGUGCAGUUUUAAAGCUCUUUUAUGGUCGAUUGAGUGAUUUAUUUGGUUAAUGCCGUGGCAUGUUGACUUUAGUCAAGAAAUAUUAGAAGUGUUGCAAAUGCUCUACUCAAAGAGGGGAAAGAUAUAUUCAUUAUAGUAGGGUAAAUCUGAAAAAUUUUCCAUAAUGUGUGAUUUCUGAGGGAAAUUUGAUCUUGAACACAAAUCUGACAACCAUUUAUUGCUACAAUUAUUAAUAUCAGUAAGAUGAUAAUUUUCAAAAUGGCAGCCAAAACAGCCUUGAGCUGCAUCAACAACAAUUUAAGGCACUAUAAUGUGCCAUAUGAUUUUUUUUCAAUGUUUUAAGGGUUUAGAAUUCAUUUUUGAUGUUAAACCUGUGAUAGGUACAUUUUAGAAUGAAUCCAAUCACCAUGUGGACUGGUUUACUGUCCAACUAGAUGGAAGGGCCAGAAACUUUGAUGAUGGUGACAGUCAAAAUGAGGAUUGAUAAAAUCUUCCAACAUCUGUAUAUUAUAAUCUGUAUAUUAUAUCAUAAGGAAAAAUCAAUAAUCAUAACAAAAAAAGUGAAUGUUUUUAAAAUUAUUAAUAUGGGAUAGGUGAUAUGCCUUUGUUUUACUAGUAUAUGUACAUGUUUGAAGCUGCAAAAAUAUCACUUUCAAAAGCUGAAGUCAACAAAGAAGUUGCUAAGGGAAUCUCUAAUGCUGGAAUCUCCAAAGAAUGCUUUUCCAUUUUUUUAGGGGAAAACAUUUCCAAGAGAAUAAUGUUUGAUUAUAAUAUAUUCAGGGAACUUAUAAAGCAGUACCUGUCUGUGAAUGCAAGAAUAAAAAGUGGUAGAUAAUUAAUGAAGGGGAAGGAGUCCAGUUUAAAGAAGAAUGUUUAUGAUAUAAGCUUCAUCAUAAGCACUAUGCUUAUAAAAUGUAACCACAAUGUGACAAAAAAAACAAAAAACUUGUAAGCCAUGUAACUUAUAUCAUAAUCAUUCUUUGUCAUGUUAAGAUCGAAAUCCUUCAUUGUCAUAUACGUGUUCCAUCCAUCCUUCACCAUUCAUGUAUUUCACUCUGCAGCACAGGUUCAUUUUUCCCCUGAAUGUAUUAUUAUACAUUAUUCUGUUUCAAAUGAAAGAUAUUUUUGGAGAUCCAGACAUUGGACAUUUCCUUGGCAACUUCUUUGCUGGUCUCAGUGUAUGACAGUGAAUUGUUUCCUGCUUCAUACAUGUUGAACAAAGAUUUCUCAUCCAUCCUUUUUUUAUAAUUUAAAGAUAUUCACCUUGUGGUUGCUUGAGGUUAGGAUAAUUCUGAUUUUUCCUUGUAAUUCACAUCCAGGAGAACUUAGGAGAUCUUACCACUCCUCAUUUGACUGAUUUACAUUCUGGAUCUUUCAUUAAGCUUGACAGUGAUCUAUCAGCACACAGAUAAGGUAAUCAUUUUCCAUUUAAAAUGUGAAAAUGACAGUGCUAACCUCAGAAAAAUACAUUUUAUGGUCUUGAAAACAUAAGAAAAGACAUUAAACAAACUAUGGGUCUUUUAAUUGCCUAUGUCCAAACUCUUGUUAGGGCAUUUUGUCUGCCAUUUAAAAAAAAAGUCAAUUUACAAACCUAGAUUGUUGUUAUGAAAAAAAAGGUGUCAGAUGUAUGUUUAUCAUCAAUUUCUGCAAACACCUGUCAUUUAAAACAUUUGAGAUUCGCCCAACCCUAUUCUAUAUAGGUACAUACAUGUAUAUAGUUACAAUUGCUGUUGUAUGCGUUUCCAUGAACGGUGAAAUUACCGAACUAAAUAAUACUCGUAGCCUAAAUUUCUCAUUGGAUUUUUGAUCCAUUUUCCUCUAAAAACACCUGUUCCUCUAGAGUUUUCCAAAAAAAAA